CUCAACUGAGCCGUUGUUGAUUCUGUGAAGCACAACAGAUAAGGACGCAGUGACGUACAGGCUCUAUCUGUGAGUGCUCCCUGCCUUAGUUGGAGCCAUGAUGCUCCAGUGUAGCUCUUUGGCCGAACAUGACCAUUCUCCCAAAGGUGCUGCAUCGGUUGUAUGUGAACCAGCCUAUAAAGCUUACACUUUAAGCCUGCCAAAGUCUAACUCCGCCCACAUGAACACCUAAAACACGACAAAACAGGAAGUUCUGGUUGCUGCCACCUUGCAGUCGUUGAGCCAUUUCCCUGAGGAGCAGCUGCGUACAGGUUUUCCCACAAGAGAAGUCCUUCACUUGAUUCUGCCAUCAUGUUUGAAGAAUUUCUUCAGGCCUACACUUCGAUCUCCCUGUUUGGGAUUGUUUUUGGUCUCCUGGUACUCAACCUUCUGUACUCCAAACCCAGCCUCCGAGAGCCUCCAGGACCCAGACCUCUCCCUCUGCUUGGUAACCUGCUUCAGAUGGAUCUCAAGAAGCUUGACCAAGCUCUUUUUGAGCUUUCCAAAAAAUACGGACCAGUGUUCAGGGUCUACUUUGGACCAAAGAAGGUGGUGGUCCUGGCAGGUUACAGGGCCGUCAAACAGGCCCUGGUAAACCACGCUGACGAGUUUGGGAACAGAGAGAUCACUCCUAUCUUUUAUGAUUUCAACAAGGGACAUGGUGAGAAAACACUUUCGUCUUAUUUACUUCCAUCCUUGUUCAAACACGCCAACCCCCCCUUUUCUUUGCUACCAGGCAUACUGUUUUCUAAUGGUGACUCGUGGAGAGAAAUGAGGCGAUUCGCUCUAACUACGCUGAAAGAUUUUGGCAUGGGAAAGAAGAUCAGUGAAGUGAAAAUAUCUGGCGAAUGUCACUACCUGGCCCAAGAAUUUGAACGGCAUGAAGGUAAACCCUUCAACAACGCCCGGGCCAUUCAUUUUGCUGCUUCAAAUAUUAUAUCAGCUAUAAUAUUUGGAAAGAGAUUUGAAUACAAUGACCCCGUCUUCCAAACGAUGGUGGAAAGAGACAAUGAGACAAUCCAUCUGACCGGUUCAGCUUCUAUCAUGAUAUACAACUUAUUUCCUUGGCUGGGCCCUUGUCUUAAAAACUGGAGGGAUAGCAUGAAGAACGUGGAAGCCAACAAGGCGGAGCUGAAUGAGAUCAUAGCACAUCUAAAGGAGACUUUGGACGCGGACGUGUGCCGAUGCUUUGUUGAUGCAUUUUUGAUAUGUAAGCAAAAUCUGGAGGAGUCUGACACCAAGGCUUCACACUAUCAUGACGAUAACCUGCUCUACACCGUCACCAACUUGUUUGCUGCCGGAACCGACACCACUGGAAACACCCUCCGAUGGGCUCUGCUUUACAUGGCCAAGUACCCACGCAUCCAGGACCAGGUUCAGGAGGAGCUGAGCAGGGUGGUCGGAAGUCGUCCGGUCCAAGUGGAGGACAGAAAGAACCUGCCAUUUACUGAUGCGGUAAUCCAUGAGACGCAGAGACUUGCCAACAUAGUCCCCAUGGCCAUUCCUCACAGAACAAGCAGGGACGUCACCUUUCAGGGCUACUUCAUCAAAGAGGGUACUACCGUGUUUCCUCUCCUUACCUCUGUCUUGUUUGAUGAGUGUGAGUGGCAGAGCCCGCACACUUUCAAUCCUUCCCACUUCCUCAACGAGGAGGGUAGGUUCAUCAGACGAGAUGCCUUCAUGCCCUUUUCUGCAGGUCGCAGGGUGUGUCUUGGAGAAGGUCUGGCCAGAAUGGAGAUGUUCCUCUUCUUCACUUCCCUCCUCCAGCGCUUUCGUUUCACUCCUCCUCCUGGGGUUUCAGAGGAAGAGCUGGAUAUCACUCCAGUCGUCGGCUUCAUUCUCUCUCCGCCGCCACACGAGCUCUGCGCCAUCAGCAGGGUCUGAUACGCACCGACAAUCUCCUACUGAGACAACAUUGACAACAGGCCUCCAGUGCUAUUUGGGCCAAGGACGCCAAAGCUAAUGUGCGGCCUUGUGAUCGGCUCAGCAGCGAUGGGGGCGGGGCCUAUUGUGUGCAGGAUGCUUAGAUUGACAGGUCUCUGCUAGUGUGGCGCUCUCUCUGAAACGGUGCACCGUAGAGACAGAUCCUGUAUCUCUGAAUGAGCGAAGUGCUGACUGAAAGAUGACGUCUUCUGCCUCCAUUUAUCCCUUUACUGAAAUAUGUGGGAUUCAUGUUAAUGUGUAUUUUUAAAAAAAUAAUUUGUGGAGGUAA